AUGACCACGAUGCAACUAGACCGAAUUAAUCAAAAUGUUGCUACAACUAAUUUUAGUUUCAAUCAGGAAUUUAUCAUGGAAAUAAAUGAACACAUUUCCUUGAUAUAACUGUAAAAAACUGUAUUAAUGUUAGUAUCGCGCGACAUUGUCCAGCAGGGUGCGCGCUGAAUGGGCUCUUGAUUCAAAGAGAGUCGACGUCACACACUUGACGACGUAAAGAUGGCGGCUGUCAGGAGUGUUAAGAAUUUAUACGGCUUUGGACUUCAUGCAGUCCGUCAAAAUACAGCAUUAAGGGCAACAACGCUUCUCCAGAAAAGGUCAUUCGGCGUCGGUAGAGCUCUUGGCCAGCAGUCGUUUGACUCUUCAACGGAGAAGCCUCAGUUUCCUGGAGCCUCGGCAGAGUUUAUAGAUCAUCUGGAGUUUAUUCAGCCCAAUGUGAUCUCAGGAAUCCCUGUCUAUAGAGUGAUGGACAGACAGGGCCAGAUCAUCAAUCCAUCAGAGGAUCCUCAGCUUCCAAAAGAGACGGUUUUGAAUUUCUAUCAGAAGAUGACGUUACUCAACACGAUGGACCGUAUUCUUUACGAGUCUCAGAGGCAGGGCCGCAUCUCAUUCUACAUGACCAAUUACGGGGAGGAGGGCACACACAUAGGAAGCGCUGCAGCUCUUGACCCUGCUGAUUUGGUCUUCGGACAGUACAGAGAAGCUGGUGUGCUGAUGUACAGAGGCUUCCCUCUGGAUAUGUUUAUGGCACAGUGCUACGCAAACGCAGAUGACCUUGGCAAGGGCCGACAAAUGCCAGUUCACUAUGGCUGCAAAGACCUUAAUUUUGUCACCAUCUCCUCACCACUUGCAACUCAGAUCCCCCAAGCGGCCGGCGCGGCGUACGCAGUGAAGCGGGAGAACACAAACCGUGUGGUGAUCUGUUACUUCGGAGAGGGGGCGGCCAGUGAGGGAGACGCACAUGCUGGAUUUAACUUCUCCACCACUCUCGAGUGUCCUCUCAUAUUCUUCUGCCGUAAUAAUGGUUAUGCUAUCUCCACACCGACCAAUGAGCAGUAUAGAGGCGAUGGGAUUGCUGCUCGAGGUCCAGGAUAUGGACUGAUGUCGAUCCGUGUCGAUGGAAAUGAUGUUUUUGCAGUGUACAACGCCACGAAGGAGGCGCGACGCAGAGCGGUGGCUGAAAACCAGCCCUUCCUCAUUGAAGCCAUGACUUACAGGAUCGGGCAUCACAGCACCAGUGACGACAGCUCCGCGUACCGCUCGGUGGACGAGGUGAACUACUGGGACAAGCAGGACCACCCCAUCUCCCGCCUGCGACACUACAUGACGGCCCGCGGCUGGUGGGACGAGGACGAGGAGCGCGCCUGGAGGAAGCAGUCCCGCAAACUCGUCAUGGUGGCCUUCGAAAAAGCUGAGAGACGUCUGAAACCCCACCCCGACCUGAUGUUCACGGACGUCUACGAUGAGAUGACUCCUCAAAUAGCCAGGCAGAAAGACGCCAUGUGGCGGCACGUCCAGCAGUAUAAAGAGCAUUACCCACUUGAUCUCUAUGAGAAAUAGGCCGUGGGAUGUGGACACUUCUGGAAAAAAGUCUUGCACAUGUCAGAUUGUUUGAAUUCUCUCUUUUUCCCCGUUUCUUCAUUUUCAUGUUGCAUUAAAGGGAUACUCCACUUUUUUUUUGAAAUAGGCUCAUUUUACAACUCCCCCAGAGUUAAACUGUUGAGUUUUACUGUUUUCGAAUUCAUUCAGCCGAUUUUCUGAUAUUUAAGAAUAUCAGUAAUCAGACAGUUUCUGGUCUCAUUGACUUCCAUAGUAUAUAUUUUUUCCUACUAUGGAAGUCAAUGAGACCAGAAACGGUCUGGUUACUGGUUUUCUUGAAAACGGUAAAACACAACAGUUUAACUCUGGGGGAGUUGUAAAAUGAGCCUAUUUCCAAAAAAAGUGGAGUAUCCCUUUAAAUACUGAAAGAUGUGUUGUUAUCCUCCAUAUUUGCCACUAGAGGCCUCCGUUCUGUCAUUUUGUGCCUUUGGAAAUGGUGUAAAAGGAGUGGAAAAUGGUUGAAGAUCUACACUGUCCUAAUGUAGCAAGUGUUUUAAUACAGUAUCAUAUUGACAAGCCAGUCACUAUCAUUUCUUCAUGAAAAUCUGGAAUAAUUCCUGUGAUAUAAUAACUUCAUUAAGGUGUUCUUCAUUCAGUAUCUUUGGAAUAUGGGUUUCUAAAUCACUCGUUUCCCCAUUAACAACACUACUACUCACUGAAAGUGAUUGUAACACAUGCUUUUGAAAUGUUUAUUUUUGUUUGAUCGUUUACCUUUAGACUUUCCACUCCAAACUGAGCCAUUAGUAAGUAUAUAUACAAUAUGUUACUGGUGUGUGUGCUGUUAAUUCACCCCCACAGAUGAUUUGUUUAGCUGUGAUUGUUGCUUUCUGUGUAAGACUCACUCAACUGUUACAUGACAUGAUGACGUGUUUGAGAUGUAUUCUGAUUAACUUUAGGGGAUUGUAAAUUGUAUUUUAAACAAUAAAGAUGCUCAUAAAAUGUAA